UGUCAGUUUGCGUUUGGAGAUAAACAUGAUGUCAUUUUUUUCUGGAUAAUGAAGGCAUGAGAGAGUUGUAGAGAGAGAGAGAGAGAGAGAGAGAGAGAGAGAGUGUUUAAACAUGGUGGUUGAAGAAGUUCCUCGCUGUUGGUCUUUUAGAGUUACGACUGCUCUUCACACUGCAUGAGACUACACAGAUUUUUGUGAGUAGAUAAAUGAUGGAUUUUUCGGAGUAUACAAGAAUUGUGUUCAACAAAAUCAAGAACUUAGAACCAGAAAAUGCUACAAAGAUUAUAGGGUAUCUUCUUUUACAAGACCGUGGGGAUCAAGAAAUUGUUAGGUUGGCUUUGGGUCCGGACCACUUGAUUCAUGAAGUGAUUUUUAAAGCCAAAGCUGAACUACAACAGUUAGCUACUAAUUCAGCACCAUCUCCUAUCUCACCACUGAUGAGCCCAGUUUUCAAUCCUUUCUCACAUGUUUCUUCUAGGCCUUUUUCAUCACCAACAGCCUUUGGGGUUACAUCUCCCUAUUGGGAUCCUCAGCUAGGUAGCAAGCUUAGUUCUGAUUUCAUUCCAUCCGGUUGCUCGGAUUCUAUCGCGGAACUCCAAAACCAGACUCAGUUAUUGGGUCUAGAGGAUCCAAUAGAGCCUGCAAAUUCUGGACUUUCAGGAUUUUCCAAUGAGUACUUUUACCCUGAUGCAGCAAUAGGCAACUUCAGUGCUAGAGCAAGUAGACGGUUUCCGAUCCUUCCCGAGUUGCCGCGGAAGACUUGUCACUAUUUCAACAAGGGGUUUUGUAAGCAUGGAAGUAGCUGUAGGUACUACCAUGGGCAAGUCGUGCCUGAGAGCUUCUCUCAGAUGUAUGGAGAUGAUGGCAUUAAUGAAGAUCAGUUUUUCUCACCCAGGUCUCUUGAGAAGUUAGAGAUGGAAAUCGUUGAGAUUUUGAAAUCAAGAAGGGGGAAUCCUAUUUCAAUUGCUUCUCUGCCUAUGAUAUAUUAUGAGAACUUUGGAAAAGUUCUUCAGGCUGACGGGUACCUCACUGAGAGCCAAAGACAUGGUAAAGCUGGUUAUAGUUUGACAAAGCUUCUUGCUCGAUUGAAAAAUAGUAUUCGGCUGAUUGACAGGCCUCAUGGUCAGCAUGCAGUAAUUUUGGCUGAAGAUGCUUCAAAAUACAUGGAUAAUCGGAAUGAGAAAAGCGACCCUGGUCCAAUUGUCAGUGGAUCACGACAGAUAUAUUUAACAUUUCCUGCUGAAAGCACUUUCACAGAAGAGGAUGUCUCCAACUAUUUCAACACCUUCGGUCCGGUUGAAGAUGUGAGGAUUCCCUGCCAGCAGAAACGAAUGUUUGGGUUUGUAACCUUUGUUAGUGCAGACACGGUGAAAAUGAUUUUGGCAAAAGGAAAUCCGCAUUUUGUUUGCGGGGCUCGUGUUCUUGUCAAACCUUACAGGGAGAAAUCAAAGCUCAAUGACAGCAGGAAAUACCCAGACAGAAUUGAGCCUCAAAUGUACUAUUCUUCACACUAUGCUGACAUGGAUUCUGAACUUCAUGCAAUGGCAAGAGGAUGUGAGACCUCCAGGUUGCUGAGGAAGCAGCUUAUGGAAGACCAAGAACAAGUCCUUGAACUUGAGAGGAGGCGCCUUGCAGAGCUGCAGUUGGCACGGAAACAUCCAGCCAGUCAGCCCUACUUCGGCUACUCCUCAGAUGGGUUUAAAGUUUCUCAUGUUCCUGCAGAUCCUUUCGAUUUCCCAUCGGCAGAACGAUUCAAUUAUCUGUUGGAUGUUUUGAACAGUGGCUCCGCUAGUGAUGAUAACAGGCACAUAGACACCUCCCACACUGACCCGGAGAGCAGUCAAACUCUUAAUCUCCCUGAGAGCCCAUUUGCGUCUGCAAUAGCUAGCGGCAUUUCUACUGUCAUAUAGGUUCAGCAACAAACAGAAGAUUAUAGAGAUAGCGUACUGGUUUAAAGGCAACAUCUUUUGCUUGAUACAUAACAGCCCUUUUCCCCCCAUUUUCUCCUUUAUCGAUUGUUCGUUUACCAAGCAAAGUUUCCUGCAAGUACAUAUUGGCUAACAAAGAAACAAUGGAAGAAUUUCCUCCCCCCUUACUUGGGUUGAAGUAAAAAGAAGAAUAUGAUACACAGAAGUACAUGUAAGAAGGUUCUACAGUUUCUUAAUCUUAAUCACAGAAAGAAGGCAAGAGGUUUGGAUCUUUAGCAGAGGAUGUAAUUAUAGUCUUUAGUGGAAGAAAGGAACCAAAAAUGUAUGCAGUGUUCAAAGAGUUUAGAAUCUCAACGACACUGACAAUAGAUGAAAUAUCUUCAACAAAAGGUUUAGCAACAGCUUAUACCAGUUUAUCUAGUUUUCUUUUUCCUAGUA